GCCGGCGGGAAGAAAGCGGCGGUAGAGUUUUGUCCGCUAGUCCGGGGGACUACAGGAGUAACCCGCCUGGAGUUUGCAGCCUCAGAGAGCACGGCUUCUGCUCUGGGCGGUGCCCCUGCCCUCAGGGACCAUGGGCCGGAUCUCGGGGAUCGUCCCCUCUCGCUUCCUGACGCUCAUGGCGCAUCUGGUGGUCGUCAUCACUUUAUUCUGGUCCCGGGACAGCAACAUCCAGGCCUGCCUGCCUCUCACGUUCACCCCCGAGGAGUAUGAGAAGCAGGACAUUCAGCUGGUGGCAGCGCUCUCUGUCACCCUGGGCCUCUUUGCAGUGGAGCUGGCCGGCUUCUUCUCAGGAGUUUCCAUGUUCAACAACACCCAGAGCCUCAUCUGCGUUCCCAAGCCAUCGGAGCGCACUGUAGUGCGUCCGUGGCCCUGUCCUUCUUCAUAUUCGAACGCUGGGAGUGCACGACGUACUGGUACAUUUUUGUCUUCUGCAGCGCCCUCCCGGCCGUCACUGAAAUGGCAUUAUUCGUCGCUGUCUUUGGGCUGAAAAAGAAACCUUUCUGAUCACCACCAUGACGGGAACGUACGAACGAAGGCUGGAGGAGCAAGGGGCCAGGCACGGUUCCUGAAAGGAAGAAGGUGUAGGCUUCUCACUCUGAAACUGCGCCUGGUGGAUGAUGUCUGUUGCGGUAAUUAGCUCCCGAUUCUGGGAUUAUUAGCGUUUUAUUUAGUGUUUUAUAAUAAGGUAUAUAUUAUAAUAAGAUCAAGACUUAUGAUAAAAAUUUCAGAAGAGAAUGAGGUGGCCAAAUUACUGGAAAACAGCAAUUUUCCGUAGAGCUAACGCUUUUAUUUUGGUUAUUACGGUAGACGUUCGGCGGAAGGGAAUGGGUGGAGAUAUGUAAAUAAAGGUUUGGCCGCCCAGCCCGUGAAAGGAGCAUUCUGGGAGGGAUUGAUUUUUCCCUUUUCAGGGAGCCGGCUGGAAAAAAUAAUGUAAAAGAAAGGUGGCAAUAAAAAUUUAAGUUUCUAAACAGCUUUAGGUUGUCCUGGCUAAGUCGUUGCGUACUCACCCUAUCUAUGAACGGAAUGUUUUGCUCAGAGUACGGCAUGGUACGGCUAUUAUAUUAUCGUUAGGAGGGUUAAUCCUGACCUGUUCCUCCUUUGGGAGGGCAGAUUGGUAUGUGAUGAUUGGAGCUUGCAUGAUACGUGAUUAACGUUCUGCGUAAUCAGGACUUGCAACAUCCUGAUUUCUCCUGUCUGAUACUCCUAACGAUCUUUGGGUUUUUUGGGGGGGGCAAAGUUUGGUACUGCGUUUUUCAAAUGUUGUGUUGGAGGUUAUUUUUCGCGAGUGUAUGUGGACGGGUUUUGGGUCAUCAUGUUAGAGGCAGGUUUCGUUUUUUAUUUUGGCUGUGUGGUGAUAUAUGGAAGGUGUUCAAAAGCCUGUGCUUUGGAGUUGCUGGUUAUGGGUAAGUUUCUGCAGUAUUGCAUGUACUUGGAAGUUUUAUAAUUUUAUUUUCUAGCUGUUACUUUUAUCUCAAAAGCUUAAAAAAACAAAAAAUCAUGUUGUAUACUUUGGGUUUUCUAUAAAAUGCUAGUGUCGUUGGUUGUUCUAAUGGUCUGCUGUUAAAUCUUCUGUAUCACCAGACCAGAAGGGCCACCUUCCCAGAGUGGGAGGUGCUGAUGGUUGUGGCCAACACAAACUUGUCAAAGCACUCUUGUUCACUCAGCAACCUGACGAGAACUCCACCUCCAUUCCACCUCCUUUCCUGCCUCCUAGGAUGGAGAAAGAACAUGUUCAAAUGAAAGUUAGUAAAACACACAAAUUACAAGAUCUAUGAAGUUCCACCCUGUCACAGGAGGAAUGAUGUCACGGUCAUGUUUCCUGGGGCAGAUUCAGCGUUUGUGGGGAGGGCUCUUCGUCCACUUUCCAGCCCUGAAAUGGUGGAGCUCAGGUUACUCCAAAUAAGUAAAAGGCAGCCAAGGAGAUGCUUUCUGGCCAUGCCUCUCAGAUGGUUCUCUGUCUCCCCCUGCAGCCCUUAACCCUGAGCAUUCAUUCUAUGAAGACUUAUCAAGUACUUGCUAUAUGCAAAGCACUCUGAUGGGUACUAGGGGUAUAGCUGUCAAUAUAACCCCUACUUAGCCUCUGCCAUCACAGCUGUUAUGACUAAUGAAGGAGAUGAAUGAGAAACAAUUUAGGGUACACCCAGAGUAAUAGCAAAUUGUGAUAAAUGCUCCAUAGGGGAUUUACCUAUGCUAGGAAGUAGGGGUGAUUUGCCUAAGGUCAGGAGCAGUGUGAGUGAGUUCCUGGAGAAGAGUUGGAGCAGAGAGCUAGGGGCUCGGGCAAAGGGCAGGCCUCAAGGCGGGCCUUGCUGGUCGUCAGAGUCUUGAUCAGGCUCAAUGGUAUCCCACAGCCGGCCCCUUCUGAAGCCAGCUGUUUUUCAGGAACUUUGUGUGGUAGUUGUUAAAUAUAGCCGUUAUUCAAGAAUAUCUUGUAUAAAGUUACAAUUAAAUAAAUUAUAUUAAAAACAGAAGGAAUAAAUACUCAAAACUUACUACUUCCUAAUCCUUUUAUUGCAUUUUACUAUUAUGUAUGCUUUUGAAGUUAUGUUUAUUGUAUUGCUGUGGUGGAAACAUAUUUCAUUCAGUGAUGUCAGGCUGGUAGUUUGAAAUUGGCCUUGUGGGAGAUUUACACCACAGAAAUUGGCAGAUGCUACAAACCAGGCUUUGUUGAUUGUCUAGAUUUAAGAACAUGAUGGCAAAAAUGUUGAUGCAGAUUAAAUUUAAAAGGGUUAUGUCUGUAGUUACUACAUUAUGAAUAGCACAAAAGUUGAGGAGAUAUUCUCCCAGGAUUUGGAAACUAUUAUCACAUUUAGCAGAGAAUACACUCAACAUCAAGGAAUGAAUGAAGUUGCAACAUACGUCCUCGUUUCAUUUUUGUCUUACUUGUAAAUGAAACUAUCAAUCAGUAUUAUGUCAAAACUACACUUGUAAGUGGGAUGCAACUCCAGGUGUCCAACUGUGGUUGAAUUGCAGCCAUAGGUUGUCUACAGAUACAAGAAUAUGGAAGUUUCAGAAAAGAGUAUUGUAUAUUUUAUUAUUACUUGUAAAUUCUGUGCUACAUAUCCUUUAUAUCAGUAAAAUUUAUAAUAAACUUA